AGACACAUUUAAGAAGUUAAUUGUAAUCCCCACCUAUGGGCUAUGUUAUCCCUCAAUUCUUAAAUACAAUUGAAAUUUCCCUAUAAGAUGGACACCAAACAAGGUAAAUUAAAAUGCUUCAAGUCCUCCUUAAUGGCAAAAUCGUAAUAUUUCCCCACAAAUAAUCCCCCCGUCCCUCCCUCAAAUCCUUAAAUACACGCCUGCCGAUCUCCCCUCCCCGCACUGCUUCGCCCACCAUCAUGACCUCCCCCGUUUCCAUAGAAGCCUUCCAAUCAAUAACUCCGGCGAAGGUCACGCCGCCGGGAAAAUCCCGACAAAUCUCCGUCGCCGGCGAUCUUCCUCUGGCGGCCUUCGCUGCUCAUUUCCGGCUAAUUCUAUACUUCCGGCCGGCCUCCGGCGAAGAUAACUCGGCCCAUGCGGUGGGGGCGUGGAUGAAGGAGACAUUUAGCGAAGCGUUGGCGGAGGAGCCGAUGCUCGCCGGAAGGCUCCGUCGUAGCGCGGCGGAGAACGGCGGGUGGGAGGUGAGGUUCAAUGAUGCCGGUGUGAGGUUGGUUCUCGCGAAGGCGGCGGCGGAGAUGGCGGAGGUUCUGGACGCCGGCGAUAGGGAGGACAGAGAGUGGGGACUGGUUUUCUGGAGGGAUGUGGAGAGAGAGAAUCCAGAUCAGUCUGCUCUGUUUUUUAUUCAGGUGACGGACUUCAAAGACGGCGGCUACUCCAUCGGCAUCAGCUGCAGCCUUCUUCUCGCCGACCCUCUCUUCCUCAUCCGCUUCCUCCUCAAAUGGUCCCGCACACAUAGCCGCCUCACCGCCGCCAGCCGCCUCGCCGCUGCACCAGUCAGUCUUCUACAUCACCAACUUCAAGCCCUCACCUCUCCCAUCCCACCUCUCCGCCAUCCCCGCCGCCGCACCCCCCACAGCCACCCAUCUCUUCCAACUCCCUCUAACAGCCGGAGAGCUCGCCGGAGUUUCUUCUUCAUCCGGCGAGAACCUAACCUUCCUGCGCAGCGACCAUUCCGGCGACCUAAAGGUGGGGUUUUGGGUGAAGGGAGGCGGGGGAGGGAAGGUGGCGCGGUGGGAGGAGAUGGGGGCUGGCGAGUUGGACCUCGGGGAGAAGAAUGUGGCGGUGGAUGUUUCGUAUCGGAUCGUGCUGGGAGGGGAUGGAGCGGGGUUGGUGGUGGCCAUGGUUCCCGGCGAUGGCUCGGAUGCUUGGGUAAGCGUAACGGCUCCGGGUCAGGGAAAGUAUUAGGGUUUGGAAUCGCCGGGGAUUAGCAAGAUUUAAAGUUGCUCUAUUGAUGAAUUUUUAAAUCGAGAUUUACAAGCAUAGCACUCAUUUCUUAUGCCUUUAUUUAUCUCACGCCUACUGUUUGAAAAGAUGUAUGAGAAUGUGAAUUAUAUUUUUUUCUUAUAGAGAGGAUGCUUUGAAUAUAAAAAUUAAAAUUUAGG